GUUUUAGGCAUUUGUUGCCAAGUCAAAAUUAAAGUGAGAGAUGAAAUACAAAGAGGUCAGGCUAAUCAUUGUGAAAGGAGUGAAGUGACAGAGUGUUUCACCUGCAACUGAAUAAUUUUUCUCCAACAGGAUCAAAUUCAGAAUGAAUUUCCACCAUUUUCUGGUCUUCUGCUUCUUGGCAGUGAUGGAUUGGCUCUCAUUAACCUGCACUCUGUUUUACAAACAGCAGGAUAAAAACUCUGGUUCUGUGACAACAUAUACUGGAGAAAACAUGACAUAUUCAUGCAACACCAAUGUGAACAGAGACAGAAUCUUCUUCUGUAAGGGAGAAUGUAAAAAAGAAGAGGACAUUCUCAUUGAAACAGAUGGGAACAGAGCUCAGAGUGGCAGAUACAGCAUCAAAUAUGAAAAAGGAUCUGCAUUUGGGCUGUAUGUCACAAUCACACAGGUGGUCAAGUCAGACUCAGGACAGUACAGGUGUGGUUAUGGUAGAGCUUUGUCUCCUGAUUCAUCACGCACGUUCUCAGUCAUUGUUGUAGACGAAGCCCAACCACUUCCAAACCAAACAGGACCUUCUUCAGCAUCAGUCCCAGCAGCUUCCACAUCAGGAACAACACUGCUGUCUACACCAGCUUCCCCUGAAAACAACAAGACAUCCACAGGACCUUCUUCAGCAUCAGUCCCAGCAGCUUCCACAUCAGGAAAAACACUGCCGUCUACACCAGCUUCCCCUGAAAACACCAAGACAUCCACAGCCAAACCACUUCCAAACCAAACAGGACCAUCUUCAACAUCAGUCCCAGCAGCUUCCACAUCAGGAACGACACAGCUGCCUCCACCAGCUUCCCCUGAAAACAACAAGACAUCCACAGCCCUCAGCUCUGUCCCUCGCCCAGGUUAUUUCCUGCCUCUGGUUGUGUGUGUGCCUGUGGGUUUUGUGCUGACGGCUGUUUCACUGCUGGUUUUCUACCUGUGUAAGACGAGGAGGAAGUAUGUUUUGAAACCUGAGGGAAAGACAAACAACAUAAACAUAGAGUUACCUGUCACCUAUGAGAACCCCGGUCCAGUCUCCGAGUGUGAGCACUCUGUCUGCCAGAGGAUCUGAAUCUGGAUUUUGUAUUGUGCAGUUUAUAGUAUAAACCUGGUAGCUUUCAUAAUCUCUCACAGAACUGAUUAUGUUUGUGAAGGUGUUCGACAUCUUCUCACCUGAUUAUUCUGAAAUAACAUUAUAGCAGUUUCUAGAUGUUUCUGUUUUGAAACACAAAGAAAUGAAUAUAGUUCAGCUGUAACAAGCUGCUUAAGGCAGCUGCACUUUGUAAUGAAAAGUUUAAGUCAUUUCAUUUGUCAGUUUUUGUGCCAGUGCCAACUUUGAUAAAUAUUUUAUGUUAUCAAAUAUGUUAUAGUUUCUUUGAAUUAGUGAAACAGCGCCCCUGUUGAUUGUAAUGGCUCAUAGGUGUCAUUCAAUCAGUGUGGUGAGAAAUGGUACUGCAAGUGUAAUGGAAAUUUAAAGAACGUAUGUAUUCUUCAGACUGACUGUGAACUUUGUGCUGUGUCAGGCUGAAAUGAUGAAGUCUUUGAAGUGGUUUCCCCCUGGACAGAGUCGAUCGAGCUUUGAAAGAAUUUUUCAACAAUUUAACUUCAGUCAAGAAUCCUGUUGACUGUGAUCUGUGAUUACCUGCAGUUUGUAGUAGUUAGCCUGCUAGCUGUCUAAAUCCAUGAUCCUUGUUGUUCAUCCAGAGUGAUCAGCUUUAAUAAACAACUUUAUAUGAAA